UGGUUCCUGCCUGAGCCAGGCGGCCUGGGAGCCUGGGGGCUCGGGCGGCCGGGCAUCGCCUCUCCCCGGGCAGGGGAGCAAGUUGACCGAUGUACCUGGGGCGGUCCCUGGUUGGCCUCACCUAUUGUACCUGCUACCUGGCGUCUUACGUCACGAACAAGUAUGUCCUGUCUGUCUUGAAAUUUACCUACCCUACGUUAUUCCAAGGGUGGCAGACGUUCGUUGGCGGACUCCUGCUUCACGUGUCCUGGAAGCUGGGCUGGGUGGAGAUCAACAGCAGCUCCAGGGCUCACGUUUUGACAUGGCUUCCUGCGUCGCUGCUGUUUGUGGGUAUAAUCUAUGCUGGCUCCAGAGCCCUGUCCAGACUGGCCAUUGCUGUGUUUCUCACUUUGCAUAAUGCAGCUGCAGCGAUCGUCUGGGGCUGCCAGAAGUGUUUCUGGAAAGAGAAAAUACCUCCUCUAAAGAUCUGCAGUGCCCUGUUCCUCCUGGCUGCCGCAGGAUGCCUUCCCUUCAAUGAUGCCCAGUUUGAUCCAGAUGGAUAUUUCUGGGCUGUAAUUCACUUACUCUGUGUUGGGGCCUAUCAAACGGUGCGGCAGUCCCGGAAACCCAGUGCCCUAAGUGACAUUGACCAGCAGUACUUAAAUUAUAUAUUCAGUGUGGUGCUGUUGGCAUUUGCGUCUCCCCCAACAGGUGAUCUCUCCAGCGUCCUGGACUUCCCGUACCUGUAUUUCUACCGAUUCCAUGGCAGUUGCUGUGCCAGUGGAGUUUUAGGAUUCUUUCUCAUGUUAAGUACGGUGAAGCUAAGAAGCCUUCUGGCCCCAGGGCAGUGUGCAGCCUGGAUAUUCUUUGCUAAGGUGGUCACAGCUGCUCUGUCCCUCUUGCUGUUUGACAUGAAGCUGACCAGGGCGACUGUGGGGUGCCUCCUGCUCGCCGCACUUGGAGAGGCCCUGCUGGUUUUCUCCGAGCGGAAGGGUUCCUAGAGAUGCCGGACAGCACGCCUGGGUCCUGGAGCCCCUGCUGCGGGUGGCGGAAAAAACACAGAGACAGUGAGACCAGGCCAGGAGAGCCCGUGACCUCCGCGUGCCCUGCCGGAGCUGAGUGUGGUGAUCGGUCAUGCAAGGAGAACUUCCAGGGUCUCCUGUUGGAGCACACAGUUCUGCAGAAACUGGACAGUGAAGAUUUCACUGUGAUGGCUCCGCUUGCCCUGAUUGACCCGCAGGCCUCUGCCUACUCACCACCCUCCACUGCUCCCAGGGUGUUCUCUUGUGUUUUUUGUCUCAUUUUGUUUUGUGUCUGGGGCCGUCCUUUGCUUGCUCUAGCCCUGGCUUGCCUGGAGCCCACACCUACUCAUGCAUGAGCAUAGAGCAAACGGCGCGUGAGGGCUGCCCUUGGACAAACCUGGGCACACGUGGAGGCUGGGCAGGGGGACUGUGAGCCAAAGAAGAAGCCAGCAAGGAUGCUGCAGACUCGAGCGAGUGACAGCCUUUUUGUGGUUGAUGUUGCUGUUUAUUUCCUGCUUCCAGACUUCUCUUUGUUUCUGUAAACUUGUGUGUUGUGUUGCAUUCCACAUACUGUUUUUCACCCACCUGGUUAAGCUAGUACUAAAUGAUCACCAGAGGGAACAGGCUUAUAAGCACUGAUGAGUGUCCUCCAUGGACAGGUCACAAAAACAAUAUUUAACUUCUCUCUGCAUACACACGCACACACAUGCACACCUAUAUUUAUAUUCCUUAAAACGUUUAAUCAUUUAAUUCUCUGAUCUCUGAGAGGAGGUUUCAAAUCAUUGAACAAUGAAGCAUACAUUUCAAGCCAGAUUAAAAAUUGGAUGGGGGCUGGUGUUGUGGCGCAGCAGGUUAAACCACCUUUAGAUGUGCCGGCAUCCCACAUUGGAGUGCCGGUUCGAGUCCCAGCUGCUCUGCCUCUGAUCCAGCUUCCUGCUAGUGGCCUGGGAAAGCAGUGCGCAAGGUGGCCCAAGCACUUGGGCCCCUGCCACCCAUGUGGGAGACCUGGAUGGAGUUCCCGGCUCCUGGCUUUGGCCUGGCUUCCCUUCAGCAUCCAGCACCACGCCCUGGGAAGAAGGAAGUCAGCUCAGGCAGGGGCCCUGUUGCUGCAAGUUUUCCCCCAACUUGUUGAAAAACAAAAAGGAAACAAACAGGAAUGGAUUGUUAUAUUUGAGUACCUUAGUUUCAUUUCAUUGUAAUUCUGUGGUGUCUGCUUGUCAUUCAAGGUAAAGAUAUUCAGAGUGAGCUCUGCACAGAGGUGGGGUCUUCACAAAGUUCAUGGACAAUGCACAUUAUGAAAAAACAGAGCCAUGCAUGGAUUUCAAAACUUUUUUGCACUAAAGUUUCAUUUCCUUUUUCCACGAUCUUUUUUUUUUUUUUUUUUUUUUUUUGACAGAGUUAGAGAGAGAGAGAGACAGACAGACAGGUCUUCCUUCCGUUGGUUCAUCCCCCAAUGGCUGCUACGGCUGGUGCGCUGCACCGAUCCAAAGCCAGGAGCCAGGUGCUUUUUCCUGGUCUCCCAUGCGGGUGCAGGGCCCAAGCACUUGGGCCAUCCUCCACUGCCUUCCCAGGCCACAGCAGAGAGCUGGCCUGGAAGAGGGGCAACCGGGACAGAACCGGCGCCCCGACUGGCACUAGAACCCAGAGUACUGGUGCCACAGGCAGAGGAUUAGCCUAGUGAGCCACGGCGCAGGCCUCCACGAUCUUUUUGAAGUCCACUUUUGUAUAGUUUGCAACUUGCUUCAUCGGGUUGCCUAACUUUCCAUGGACUGAGGAUUAAGUAGAAAAUCUGGCUUCAGAAGUUUACUUAUUCUUUGGCUGCCCCCUGACGCGCACAGCAGGACCAGUUUCCACUCACAGAAAGUGGCAUCCGUCCAGGUCCCUGUUUGUCAUGUGACCAUCAGGACUUGUGAAGCCCUGGUCCUGUUUCCAGCAGCACUGACCUCAAAAAGCUCUGCUGAGCUGUUUUAGAUCUCCCAAAAAAUCUCCAGCAAGGGCGUUUUUGUCGUCGCUUGGGUUUCUCCCAGCAUUGCAGGUCCCGUUGUUAAAGUCACCGAGCUUUUCUUUGAAAGGAGAGAUGGUUUUCUUCCUUCUCCUUCUGUUUCUGUGCCUUUUCCUGCAAGCUCCAACCUCCACCUCUUAUGCGCAAGCGCACACACUGAGCCCUGAAUGCAGGGCGAGCCAGGGGGCUGCAGGACGGGCACAGCACAGGGUACCCCGGUCUCUCACUGUCUGAACCUCUCCUGUCUCAGCUCCCCCAGCAGGGAAUCUCCAGGUAACCCCACCCUCCUUCCACACUCAUGUCCUGUGGACCCCAGGUCAAAGCUGGCAUGUUUCAGCUUCUUCAUUUGCACAAAUAAAUAAUAUGCCUUCUGUCAAUUUGGGGCAAGUUUCUGUAUGACUGUGUAUUAUUACUAAUGUGCUAUGGGUGUAAAGAAAAAUAAACCAUUUAUUUUCUUGGUA